GCUGCGCAGAACAAUUCGCAUUUAAUAAUUGUCAUAUGUGGAUCGUCUGCGCAGUCGCAUGAAAUUGAAAACACGUGAAUCUUACUUCAGUGAUUACACUAAGUUUGUGAUUGGCCAUUGACGUUGCAAUUUACCAAACGAGCAACGGGAGCUCAUAAAGCAGCACAUGAGCCUGUUUGUGCGAUAGAAGCGCGUGUACUCGAGCACUCGCACACAUAAUGGCGCUUUUUAAAACACGGGGAUAUGGAUUUAUUAUCCUGUUUGCGUUUACGUUCAGUACAUUAAUACACUGCAGAAGUUUGCUAGAUUCGUCUGUGGCACAAUCAACUAACGUUAGCGAUGAAGUGGAUAAAAUGUUAUCUGUUAUAUCCGAUCACGAGGGAUUUAAUGAGCAGUUAGUUGAUUUAGUUGACGUCUCCGAUCUGCAGAGGAGCGCUGUAAAUGCAACUAGCGAUGAAGGGGAAACAACUUCUGAUAUGUCAGGUCCGGACGGAUUUUAUGAGCAGUUAGCUGAUUUUGACUACCCCAUUGAAGACGACGCCGUCUCUGAUCUGCAGAGGAGCAAUGAAAAUAUAACUAGCGAUGAAGGGGAUACAACCUUAUCUGAUAUGUCAAAUCAAGAGGGAUUUUAUGAGAAUUUAGAUGAUUUUGACUACCCCAUUGAUGAUGAUGAUGAUGACGACGCCGCCGUCUCUGAUCUGGAGUGGAGUGCUGUAAACACAACUAGUGAUGAAGGGGAUGAAACUUUAUCUAUGUCAGAUCAAGAGGGGUUUAAUGAGCAGUUGGUGCAUUUUGACUACCCCAUUGAUGACGACGACGACAAUGACGACAGCGAGGGUGAUGCAGUCUCUGAUCUACAAAGGAGCGCUGUAACACAACUAGCGAUGACGGUGUUGAAACUUUAUCUGAUAUGUCAGAUCAAGAGGGUUAUGAGCAGUUAGUGGAUUUUGACUACCCCAUUGAUGACGCAGUCUCUGAUCUGGAGAGGAGCACUUUAAAUACAACUAGCGCUGAUGAGGAUAAAACAUUAUCUGAUAUGUCAGAUCAAGAGGGAUUUUAUGAGCAGAUGGCUGAUUUUGACUACCCCAUUGACGACCAUACCAUCUCUGAUCUGGAGAGGAGCACUUUAAAUACAACUAGCGAUGAAGGGAAUAAAACAUCAUCUGAUAUGUCAGAUCAAGAGGGAUUUUAUGAGCAGUUAGUGGAUUUUGACUACCCCAUUGACGACGAUGACUACGACAACGCAGUCUCUGAUCUGCAGAGGAGCGCUGUAAAUACAACCAGUGAUGACAGUGAUAAAACAUUAUUUAGGUCCGAUCAAGAGGGUUUUUAUGAGCAGUUAGUGAAUUUUGAUGUCCCCAGUGGGGACGAUGAUGACGCGGUCUCUGAUCUGCAGAGAAGUGCUGUAAAUACAACUAGUGAUGAAGGGGAAAUAACAUCAUCUGAUAUGUCAGAUCAAGAGGGAUUUUAUGAGCAGACAAUUGAUUUUGACUACCCCAAUGACGACCAUGCUAUCUCUGAUCUACAGAGCGUUGUUAAUACAACUAGCGAUGAAGGGGAUAUAACAUCAUCUGAUAUGUCAGAUCAAGAGGAAUUUUAUGAGCAGUUAGAGAAUUUUGACUACCCCAUUGACGACUACGACGACGCAGUCUCUGAUCUGCAGAGGAGCGCUGUAAAUACAACCAGUGAUGACGGUGAUAAAACAUUAUUUAGGUCCGAUCACGAGGGACUUUAUGAGUUGGCUGAUUUUGACUACCCCAGUGGGGACUACGCUGUCUUGGAUCUGCAGAAGAGUGCUGUGAAAACAUUUAGCGAUGAAGGGGAUAAAACAUUAUCUUAUAUGUCAGAUCAAGAGGGAAUUUAUGAGCAGACUGCUGAUUUUGGCUACCCCAUUGACAACAACGAUGCCAUCUCUGAUCUGCAGAGGAGCGCUUUUAAUAAAACUAGCAAUGAAGAGGAUAAAACAUUAUCUGAUGAGCAGACAGCUGAUUUUGGCUACCCCAUUGACAACAACAAUGUCGUCUCUGAUCUACAGAGGAGCGCUGUGAAUACAACUAGCGACGAAGGGGAUAAAACGUUAUCUGGCAUGUCCGCUUCUACAACACUUACCCAAAUGCCACAUAAUCCUUUCUAUCCUUAUAUCUUUUCACCGCUCUCUGUUGAUGUCUAAAGAGUGAAAUGUAAGGAAUUUAAUUAUGAAUAAAAAAAUGUUUUUCAGA